AUGAAGGGAAUAGGGAAGGCAUUGGCGAGGACGCCGUUCGCGGUGACCAGCCGGAUUGGCAUGGCAAAGAAAUCCUCCGACCCUGAAUUCGAUGACUGGCAUAAACAGUUUCAGGCUAUAGAGCAGGGAACUGAGAAAUUGCUCAAGGACACCAAUGCAUUCGUAGAUGCGGUUACAUCUUUGUUCACCUCGUCUUCCGGUUUUGCAACCCAUUUCGCCGUCAUUUUCCAGCCCAUCCAAGGGGAAUUCGAUCUCCUCGGAAAACACCCCGAUGCUACUCACACCAUUCGAAAUGUCACCCAAUACCAGAAUGCUAUGGAGGAGAUGCAGCAGUUGAUCAGCCCAGAGUUGGAACUUAUCACAACCAGGAUUCACGCCCCUCUCAAGGAGUUCCAAGCUAUCGUCAAGACCAUCCGCAAGACGAUCACCAAGCGUGAUCAUAAGCUCACGGACUAUGACCGAUUCAAUAACUCCCUGACGAAACUGAGGGAUAAGAAGGAGAAGUCUCUUAGUGACGAGAAGAACUUGUUCAAGCUGGAACAAGACUUUGAGAUUGCGACCAACGAAUACGAGUACAUCAACACCGCGCUGAAGCAAGAUUUGCCGAGGUUUAUGCAACUUGCGACAGCAUUUAUUGAUCCUCUAUUCAAUUCCUUCUUUUACAUGCAACUCAACAUCUACUAUCUGUUGUUGGAGAAGAUGCAAAGCUUUGCCGACAACUGCAAGUAUGACAUCACGAACGUCCCUGGCGCAGAAAUCCAGUACACGUAUGAAUCGAAGCGGACUGAUGCAUGGGAAAGGAUCGAAAGCCUGAACAUCGUCAAGCGAAUCAUCUCAGUGUCCCGUCUUGUGCAAGCCCAACGCGCGCAAGGAGGGGGAGCUGGGAUCAGUCGCGCCAACACCGUUGCCAGCUCUUCAUCGUCCUAUUCAUCGCGCCCCGCGCCUCCGCCGUCCCGUACCGGAUCGUCGGCAGCAGCCUAUAAGAAGCCCCCGCCUCCUCCUCCUGGAUCGUCAUCGCAAUAUGCUGCACCUCCACCGCCCUACACACCUGCGUCGGCAUCUGCAAGCAGCUCGGCUGGACACCUCCAAAUGCCCACUCCAUCGCUUGCGCGCUCUCCUUCUGCCGCAUCUAGUGUUGCGGCUACGAAGCGACCUCCUCCACCCCCGCCUCCGCUGAAACCCAAGCCGAAACCAGUGGUUGUAUAUGUUACUGCCUUGUACGAUUUUGAUGCCCAGGCCGAGGGAGAUCUUUCCUUCCGCGCUGGUGAUCGUAUAGAAUUGGUUAAGAAGACCGAGAGCCAGGAAGAUUGGUGGACUGGCAGACUAAAUGGUCAGGAGGGUAUCUUCCCUGGUAAUUAUGUGCAAGAGCAAUAA